GAUCCAUCCGCUGCCAAGUCCGUUCCCGAGCGGCGAUCAAUCCAGUUCUAUUGCUAGUGUUCGACAAGAAGCAGUUUGCUUCGAACAGUGAGAGAAGAGUACUGUAGUAGCAUUUUUUUUGGUGCGCGAACAGUCUUCUAGUUCUUGUUCCCAUUAGAUUUCUAUUGCAUUUUUUUAUCCUUUGGACGUCUGUCGUUCUUCCUUCUUACGUUAUAGUAUAUGAUAUAUAGUGAAAGGAAGAAUCAUUGGAAGUGUGCUGAAAAUUAGAAAAAAAAGAUUAUUUAACUUCUUUUGUAAAGCAUACUCGUUUUAUGAGAAUUUUGUGAUUGGAAUCAAUGAUCAUAAUAAUAACAUUAGAGCAGUAAUCACGAUAAACAGGACCGUGCAAAAAAAAAUUAACUAAUGUAAUACUGCAUUCAGCUAAUCGAAACCUUAAUUUCUCGACCCACCCGGUGUUUUGCAAUAGCUGAGUGAAAAUGUUCCAAUUGAAAACGAUCGCCAAGAGCACCGCUCUCAAGCAGGAAGUGUCUACCCUGGUAAAAGCGGCAACUGUCGGUAGUAUUCAGCAGCAGCCUCUUCGUAACAGUUCUUCAUCCCAACAUCAAAUUCCGGACCGACUCAAAGAUGUGGCCACAGCAGCGAAUCCUCGUUUCUUCGACAUGGUCGAAUACUUUUUUCAUCGUGCUUGUCAGAUUGGCGAGGAGAAAAUGGUCGACAGCAUCAAAGGUCGUGCCUCUUUAGAGGAAAAGCAGAAGAAAGUCAAAGGAAUUCUAAUGCUGAUGCAGCCCUGUGACCAUAUUAUUGAGAUUGCAUUUCCACUUCGUAGAGACUCCGGUGACUACGAACUGAUCACCGGAUACCGCGCUCAGCAUUGCACACAUCGUACCCCGACUAAGGGAGGUAUUCGCUUCUCCCUCGAUGUGUCUCGCGAUGAGGUCAAGGCUUUGUCUGCCUUGAUGACCUUUAAAUGUGCCUGCGUGGAUGUCCCAUUCGGUGGUGCUAAGGCUGGAGUAAAAAUCGACCCGAAGCAGUAUUCUGAACAUGAGCUGGAGAAAAUUACUCGGCGCUUCGCUUUGGAAUUGGCCAAAAAGGGAUUCAUUGGACCAGGCAUUGAUGUACCGGCUCCGGAUAUGGGUACGGGCGAACGUGAAAUGUCAUGGAUUGCCGACACUUACGCUAAAACGAUUGGUCACUUGGACAUCAAUGCUCAUGCUUGCGUCACUGGCAAACCCAUCAACCAAGGUGGUAUCCAUGGACGCGUGUCGGCUACUGGACGUGGUGUGUUCCAUGGAUUGGCUAACUUCAUCAGUGAAGCGAACUACAUGGCAAUGAUUGGAACCACCCCCGGAUGGGGAGGUAAAACAUUCAUUGUUCAAGGUUUCGGUAAUGUCGGUCUUCACUCUUGCCGUUAUCUGUGCCGUGCUGGAGCAACAUGUAUCGGUAUAAUUGAACACGAUGGAUCCAUAUACAAUCCAGAAGGAAUUGAUCCGAAGGCUUUGGAAGAUUACAAGAACGAAAACGGUACAAUUGUCGGCUUCCCAGGUGCUAAGGCGUAUGAAGGUGAAAACCUGAUGUACGAGCAGUGUGAUAUUCUCAUCCCGGCUGCCGUUGAAAAAGUCAUCACCAGUGACAAUGCUGGAAGAAUUAAUGCCAAGAUCAUCGCUGAGGCUGCCAACGGUCCCACGACACCGGCCGCCGACAAAAUUCUUAUCGACCGAAACAUUUUGGUUAUCCCUGAUUUGUACAUCAAUGCCGGUGGUGUAACCGUGUCGUUCUUCGAGUGGCUCAAGAAUCUGAACCAUGUCUCGUACGGACGUCUGACGUUCAAGUAUGAGCGUGAAUCCAACUACCACCUGCUCGCUUCUAUCCAGGAAUCACUUGAAAGAUCCAUUAAUGAGAAACAAUCGGUGCAAGCAUCGCUGGAAAGACGCUUCGGUAAUGUAGGUGGUAAGAUCCCCGUCACCCCGUCGGAAGCUUUCCAGAAGCGUAUCUCCGGUGCUUCAGAGAAGGAUAUAGUCCAUUCUGGUCUGGAUUAUACCAUGGAGCGCUCGGCACGUGCCAUCAUGAAGACCGCCAUGAAAUAUAAUCUGGGACUUGAUCUGCGUUCCGCUGCGUACGUUAAUUCAAUCGAGAAAAUAUUCGAGACCUACAGGGAUGCCGGUCUCGCUUUCUAAUAAACAGGACACACACACAAAUUUCAACCAAAACAACAAGUACAGCAGCCGAAACUAUGAUUAUGAUUGUGGUAUCGCAAUCCCAGCUAGACUGGAUGGAAUCCAAAACUAACCAAUCGAAACUGCCACAAUCUGAUAUUUCAAAGUUACUUAAACUGUUCGAUCUUAAGCUUAAAGUAUCGCGUCUCAAAUUAAGCAAGUAAAUAGUGAAACCACGAUGAUAGUUAUGAUCAAAUUUUAGGAAGCCAAUAGCACAUUUUUCGCAAUGUGUACAUUGAUCUAUGUUACAAUUUGUACUUCGAAUCAUUUUAAGUUGUUUAUUUGUCGAGUUCCGUAUGACGAAAUUUUCGCCAGAAUAUGUACAUUUUUACAUUUUCUAACUAGGUUAUAAAUUAAACUGUUCCUUUUACCGAUGGAAUUGUCGAUCCAUCGUGAUAAUUUCGUACUUUUGUGCUGUUCAUUUACUGUCAAUGUACUCAAGUAAACGUCAAUUACUUUGCUGGUGUAACACAUAAGACAAUGUUUGUACUUACGAAACGCCAACUAUUUGGCCAUUAAUUUCAGAGCGCUCGGUUUCUACUAGGUUUAAAAAGCGCAACUCCGUGAGACUUUUUACUCUUUUGAUGAGCACGAAACCCCGCGCUGGAUUACGAUCAAAGGUUGAUCGAAGCGAUAUCGCUAAGUAAAACACAUAAUGUAUUAACUAUUCGUAGGUGGUACAAUACUUUUUUCCGGAAUGCUAACAAAAGUUGAACACCCUCAUUAGAACCGGAAAUAGCUGCACUUCAAUAUUAAGAAUAAACGUGAAAAAAAGA